AUGUCUACAGUGGCAAAAGUAGGCGCACGAGUGAGGAAAAGGCCUGUUAUCAAAAUCAUCCAUAAUCCACUAUACAAAGUGAUUGUUAAAGCGCAGAUGGCAACAGCUGCGCCACCUCUGGGACCUAAUCUAGGUAAAAGGGGCAUUAAUGUGGCGAAUUUUUGCAAAGAUUUCAAUCGAGCAACAAGUAAUAUUAAACCGGGUACUCCAUUACCAGUACGAGUCACAAUAAAGCCCGAUCGUACGUAUGAUUUGGAGAUUUGUACACCGACAUCUAUGUGGUUGCUGAUGCAUGCAGCAGGGAUAAGGCGCGGAGCCACAUGUCCACGUGAGGAAAUUUCCGGGAUGAUUACCGUAAAACAUAUUUAUGAAAUAGCCAAAAUAAAGGCUGCUGAUAAAUGUUUACUUGGUGUUCCAUUAAAAUUAAUUUGUGAACAACUUAUCAAGACAGCCCAUACAAUUGGUCUUAAAGUUGUUCGUGGAAAUCUUGACCCAAUGGAAUAUCGUAAAUUUCUGGAAGAACGAAAGGUGGUAGUUGACAGGGAACUGAAAAGGAUGGAAGAAGAGAAGGCCGCUAAGGUGCUCAGGACGACACCCACUCAGUAG